AUCUUUUGCUGGGGCACGUCAAUUAGCAGACGAUAAAGCAAGACCUUCUCAAAGUGUUUUUGAAAUUGGGGAGCAAUUAUGCCAAAAAAACAAACGAGGGGAGCAUUUGGAGAAUAUUUUUUAUUAAACACCCGUAAUUCUGAAUACGCUUUAUAUUAGAUUGUUCCCAAAAUGCUGAGGUUGAAUUGAGAAUUUUUAUUUUCAGAAAUGGACCAAGCAACGCAAGUGAAUUUUCCGGUGGUACCGAAAAAUCAACACAGAAAAAUGUGGAGACACAACACUUCUGCAGACUUAUUUGAAACACAUCACAGAUCGAUCUCGACGAUCAACAAUUCGUGGUAUCCGUUAAGGCCCGUGUCCAGCCGCCCCAGGUCGCUGAACCUGGCUCUUCAACCAGUUGACACCAUCACGAAAAAAGUAGCAUAUCUGGAUAGCUCGGUAUCCAGACUUACUCCUCCGGGGUGCGCCGAGGCGCCUUCUGGAACGAUAUCCAGGGAAAGGACGCCUCCAUUUUCCUGUUACUCCAGUAUUACGUCCAACACGGGAUCGGCCAUGUUCCGGUCUCUGCCUUAUAUACCUCCUAAGUCGAACACGCCCAGCAAAAUGAUAGACGAAGAGAGUAGCGGCAGUUCGAAAUGUUGCUGCAAAUGCGGAGACGCGGAGACGCAAAAAACCUGCAGGAAUCUGUUCACGAAUACGAAAGAGGGUCUGUCUUGGAGGAGGUUACACAUGUCCAGGGCGAAACUCAAAGCUACCGCCACCACCUCGGAGCUACUCUCUGGCUUCGCCAUGAUAGCUAUGGUGGAGCUGCAAAUCAACACCCCAACGAAUGUUCCCGAAUGGCUGUUCGUUCUGUUCGCAGUCUGCACUACAGUCUUGGUAUCGGUGCACAUCUUCGCCCUGAUGAUCUCCACGUACAUUCUGCCGAACAUCGAGGCCAUCGCAAAGCUGGAAAUCUGCGAAAUGGUUACCGAGAGCCCUCACGAGAGAAUGAAAGGGUUCAUAGAGAUCGCGUGGGCUUUCUCUACGAUUUUAGGUCUGUUUCUCUUUCUGAUAGAAAUCGCGAUCCUGUGCUGGGUCAAAUUCUGGGACUAUUCCUUUACAGCAGCGAUGGCUUCUACUGUGAUCGUCAUCCCAGUUCUGAUCACGUUUGUGCUGUUCGCCGCACAUUUUUACCACUCCUUGGUCGUCUACAAAUGUCACACUUCCAGUAGUGACAUGGAAAAGUUGGAGGAUAUCAAGAAGCAUUUGGAUCAUAUCACUGUUUGAUCAUUUUUAAAAAAAAUAAAAUGUGAUUUUAGGGCGUGAUUGCGAUAUAGUCGAAAUCACGAAAGAUGACGAUGUACUAAAUACAAACGACAGCGAUUUGUGAAUAUUUUUAAUGAAAUUUCUGAUAUGUUAGACAGAGACAAACAGAAUUUUAUUGUCUAAACAAACUGUAUUGCUAAUUUGCAUAUAUCUGACAAAGAUAGACGAUGUUUUCAUGUUGCAUGAUCGAUCAUAUUUGAAAGAUGAAUAGUUAGGUUAUGUUAAAGCAGGUUAUGUUGUUUUCGAAUAAUACUUUGGUCCUUGGUGUUCCUGUCUUAAGGUAUUCUACUCAUAACUGUUUUUUUUUUCAAAACAAAAACUCGCCGCUAAAAUUAUUAUCAAGGUAUCACUCAAAACCAUGAAAUAAAAUGAAAAUAAAAAUAAUCAGUGAAAUAACCUAACUUCGCAAAAUCAUAAUAUAAAUUUGUUGUCAUUAUGUGAUUUUAUCAUCGACGUACGUCCAUUGAUUACUUCAGUACAAUUUAGGGUAUGACGUAAUAGUCGUCUUUCGUGAUUUUGACUAUAUGUAAGAAGCUAAAAUAUCGUGGGAUCUAAUUCCUGUUUGAUUUUUUAUAUGAAAACGGAAUGUGAUUUUUAGAGUGAUUUAUAUUAAAUAUGUACAGAUUGUCUCAUUAAAAAUAGUGAAG